GCACCAGUGGGUCCCGAGCUGCGGCAGCAUCAUCACUGCUUCCAGGUCUGACAUCCCCCUCCCUUCUUUUUGUCGAAUAGUCGUUAUCAUUAAUUUUUACCAUUCUUUUCCUGAUUAUUUAUUAUUAUCAAAAUUCAUUUUUUUUUUUUUUCUAUUGUGGCAAAACUUUUCCUGGAGUUCCCUCUGCUUGCGCUGCAGCUGACGCGAUCCCGAGCGCUGCCAAGCACAUGCUGACUUCUAGGAUCAGCUUUUCCUUGUAAUUAAGAGCACGAUACCCUAUCACAGCCCAUCCCUCCUCCUCCGCACUUUGCACUGGAGCGGGAUCCCAGUGGCUCACGGCCUCCCUGGUGCUGGGGAGUCCUCGGUGGGUUUUUAUUCCCGUUAUUUAUCCAGCUGCUGCCUGAGCCUGUGUAAACUUGGAGGCGGUUGUGGCUUGCGCGCGGGGUUAGAGUGGCACCUCGAGCGAGGUGUUGUCCCCACUGAUGCUGAAGAGCUUCAUGCUGUAUCGCCGUGUCACUUCGGUUUUCCUGGCGCACGAUCCCGCUGUGGAUAAUCCCACGUCCUUCCUCACCGGCAGCAUCACUGAGCCUCUCGGCAAUGCGGCUCCAAGGCUGACCCUGCUGAGAGCCCCUGUGAUACUGACCUCUAUGGGAGUGGAGACCACUUGACUGCACUCAGCACCUUUCAGGAUCAGGCCCUAGGGCACUAAAUGAGAAUAUGGCCAAUGGCAUUGAAGAUCUUAUUGGGAUCCCAUUCCCAAACCACAGCAGUGAAGUCCUAUGUGGUUUAAAUGAGCAGCGGCAUGAUGGUCUCCUCUGCGAUGUCAUCCUUAUUGUACAGGACCAGGAGUACCGGACCCAUCGGUCUGUCCUUGCUGCCUGCAGCAAGUACUUCAAAAAACUCUUCACUACCGGCACUUUAACAGACCAGCCCUGUGUUUACGAGAUUGACUUUGUCAAGCCUGAAGCACUUUCUGCCAUCCUCGAGUUUGCCUACACCUCAACCCUCACCAUCACCACCUCAAACGUCAAGCACAUCCUCAGUGCUGCGAAGAUGCUGGAGAUCCAGUGCAUUAUCAAUGUAUGCCUUGAAAUCAUGGAGCCUGACAGAGAGGCGGAAGAGGAGGAUGACAAAGAGGAUGAAGACGACGACGAAGAUGAAGAUGAAGAUGAGGAGGAGGAGGAGGAGGAGGAAGAAGUGGAAGAUUUUGUCAAUCAGGAGAACCUAACCGAUGUCCAAGAAGUAAGCUGUCACCAAAGCCCUUCUAAGUCAGAGCUCACUGAAGAAGCGUAUGCAGAAGCACCUAAAGACUUUCCAAAUCACUAUCCAGCCAACAGCUCCUCCGGACACUUGGGUGUGAUACGAGACUUCUCCAUCGAGUCUUUGCUAAGGGAAAACUUGUACCCUAAGGAGAACAUCCCAGAAAGGAGGCCAGCUCUCUCUCCUUUCACCCCUCCCUUCUUCCCCCAUCUAUGGAAUGGCGAUUUUAGCUCUUUCUCCCAGCUUGAAGAACCACAAGUAGACAAUGGGCCUUUGGAUCUGGUGAUCAAAAAGAGGAAGAUCAAGGAAGAGGAGGAGAAGGAAGACCUACCUCUGCCUCCUUUCCCUAAUGACUUCCUCAAGAACAUGUUUACCAACACCCCAGCAGGUCCCUUAGGGCAUAUUAAGGCAGAGACUGACUAUAGCGCUUAUCUCAAUUUCCUAAACGCUACCCAGUUUGGAGGAGUUUUUCCCCCAUGGCCCCUGGAGGAAGAGAGGAAGAUAAAGCCCAAGGCAUCCCAGCAAUGUCCCAUCUGUAACAAAGUCAUCAUGGGGGCUGGCAAGCUGCCCAGGCACAUGAGAACCCACACGGGAGAGAAGCCGUAUAUGUGCAAUAUCUGUGAAGUCCGCUUUACCAGGCAGGACAAGCUCAAAAUCCACAUGCGGAAGCACACGGGGGAGCGGCCGUACCUGUGCAUCCACUGCAACGCCAAAUUCGUGCACAACUACGACCUGAAGAAUCACAUGCGCAUCCACACGGGCAUCCGGCCCUACCAGUGUGAGUUCUGCUACAAGAGCUUCACCCGCUCUGACCACCUCCAUCGCCACAUCAAACGCCAGAGCUGCCGGAUUGCUCGGCCUCGGCGAGGGCGCAAACCAGCGGCAUGGAGGGCAGCUGGCUUGCUCUUCGCUCCUGGUGGCCCACCAGUGGAAAAGAGCUUCAUGAUGCCACCUACGCUGGAGGAGAUGAGCGGCCACCUCAGCGGUGCGGCCAUGUGCCUUCCUGGCCCCAGCCCCAAACACUUUUUGAGCGGGGCCAAGACCGCCUUCAGCCUGCAGGAGCUGGAGAGCCAGUUUGAAGAAACCCAGAUGAAGCUCUUGAGGCGAGCCCAGCUGGACAUGGAGAGAAACGCGGGCAUCUUUGCCUUCACCCUGGGCCAUAACGAAAACCUUGCUGCCCAGCCCUUCUUCCCCCUUCCUGAUCCUUGGAGCACGGGUUUCAGUGGCUUGGCGGGGCUCGGCCACAUGGCUCCCAUCUCGGAAGCGAGCAACUAAACCCGUGCACAGUCCCACCAUGCAUCCACUCCCUCCUAAGAGAGCGACCGGCUCCCUAGAUGCCACCGCUUGCCCUUUCUCAUUGUCUGGCUCCCAAGAGGCUCUUUAUCCCCUCACUGCCACGGCCUGCCACGGGGCUUGGGGCUCAGGGUCCUCCCUGGG